GCGUGGGAGGCUAUUGGCAAUUGGAGUGGUCGCCACUGUCGCUUCUCCUUCUUCUUUUGUGCAGCAUUUCCAACGACGUUGCUGCAAUUUAUCAGUCCAGCUAUUUAACUCCAGGAGAUCUGAGCCUUGAGGAGUGAAGUGGUUAUCUUGCAAUGACAACUGUGGGAGGUGGUUCGACGACGGGACGACUUCCGACGUGGAAGGAGAGGGAGAACAACAAGCGGCGGGAGAGGAGAAGGAGAGCCAUCGCUGCUAAGAUUUACGCGGGUCUUCGAGCUCAGGGAAACUACAAACUCCCCAAACACUGCGACAACAACGAGGUUUUGAAGGCGCUAUGUGCAGAAGCUGGUUGGAUUGUUGAAGCCGACGGUACCACUUAUCGUAAGGGAUGUAAGCCACCUCCUGUUGAGGUUCCUCCGGCUGGAUCGAGAAACAUGAGUGUGUGUUCGUCGAUACAGCCGAGCCCGAAUUCGUCGGCUUUCCCCAGUCCUGCGCCUUCAUAUCAUGCCAGCCCCACAUCUUCCUCAUUUCCAAGUCCAUCUCGCGGGGAUGGGAAUCCGACAUCCUACAUCCUUCCUUUCCUUCAUAACUUGACUUCAAUCCCUUCUUCGUUGCCUCGCUUGCGCAUAUCCAAUAGUGCUCCAGUAACUCCCCCUCUGUCCUCUCCGACUAGAAAUUCAAAGCCGAAACCUCAAUGGGAACCUAUUCCAGAGAGGUCAUUGAACUCCUACCUACACCCUAUUUUCGCCGCCUCUGCUCCAGCUAGUCCUACUCGCCGUCGAAGAUUUAUGCCAGUGCCGAUACCAGAAUGUGAUGAAUUUGAUGUACCUACUGUGAACUCUGCUGGUUGGGUCAGUUUCCAGACCGUGCCAGCUUCACCUACUUACAAUUUGGUAAAACCUAUGGCAAUGAAGGAUUCUAUCCAGAAUACAAGCAAUGGCAAUUGUGCAAACUUUGGAUUGGAAGCAACAGCAGCGAAGAGGCCCCGGGGGCCUGAGUUUGAGUUCGAGAACGGUGCAGUUAACGCAUGGGAGGGUGAAAGAAUCCAUGAAGUUGGAAUGGAAGAUUUGGAGCUCACACUGGGAACUGGAAAACCCGGUGCUUAGUUUUUGCAAUGUCCAUUAGCUUUACACUUCAACUUAGUUCCGAUGGAUCGCAGAAACAAAUCCUUUGUUACCCGAAGUCUUCAGCAUCCCUGUUCCGGUAACCGUCAGGCUUAAAAAUGUGGAGAAAAUGUCUAAUUUCUGCAAUGUUGUUGUUGUGUACAAAACAUCCAUCCAUCUAGUUCAUAUCACUGUUCUUUUUUCAAGCUAAAUAAAUCUCAUCUUCUGUAAA